AUGGAACUUGAUCCCAAUAUCGUCGCCAUAUUCGGUCCUCCUCCAGACGACCUCGACAUUUCAGAAAGCAGCGUCACUCGCAACAAUGCCGCCGUCAUAAUCCUCGCCGUACUGGCGUCCGUCGCUGUGGUACUACGGCUGAUGGCGAGGUUUCUCCAAGGACAUAGUCUGAAAGCAGAUGAUUGGGCAAUUCUUGCCUCACUUCUCCUCGUUGGUGCCACAGUCGGCUUAAGCAUCGCAGGCGGAGCCUACGGCGCAGGAAAUCACGUCUGGUCAUUCACACCUCUAAACCUAACGCAAGUCUUCAAGGUAACUUCCCCUUCCCCCUCUUCAAACGUCAUAAUAACCCCCAAACCACAGAUCCUCUACGCCUACACCUUCAUCUACGGCACAGCUUGUGCCGCCACCAAAAUCUCUAUCCUCCUCUUCUACCAACGCAUCUUCCUCCUCUCCACCGCCUCCUCCCCGUCCUUCAAAAUCUCCCUGACCUUGGGCUACGUCCUCUCCAUCGCCUACCCCAUCAUCAUCUGGGCCACCAUGGCCAACGCGUGCAGCCCAAUAUCAUUUUACUGGAACCAGUUCGUGGGCGAACAGGGGAAAUGCAUCGACAUCAACACUUUCUAUCUGGCGCUCGCCAUCAUCAAUAUGGUCAACGACGUCAUCGUCCUCUUAAUUCCCAUCCCGCAGAUUCUAAAGUUGCAAAUGUCGGGACGGAAGAAGGCUGCAGUUUGUAGUAUCAUGUUGCUAGGAAGUUUCGUCUGCGUAGCAAGCAUAGUCCGAAUAACCUACCUCUCAACCUUCUCCCACGCCCUCGACAUCACAUGGCAAAUGGGCCCCGUCUUCAUCUGGUCCGCAAUCGAACCCUCCAUCGCAAUCGUCUCCGCCUGCCUCCCGCACCUGGCACCCCUCCGCCGUCUCGUCCACCACAAAAUCUCUUCUUCCCUUGGACGUUCCUCCAGCGGCGGAGGCGGUGCUGGUGGCGGCCCUUCCUCCAACAGCGUACCAUGGAGAUCCAAAUCGGGCACCGGUGGAGGAAAGAACAGCGGCUCGCAAAAGGGGUCGGGCGCCAUGUUCACAUAUGGCGGGUCGAGGUUUAACUUUGGCGGUGGGGGGGAUGGGAAGAUGAAGUUGGGUGGGGAUUCGGAUGAUGAGAUUGGACUUACGAAUCGUAUUACGGCUGGAUCUAGUGGUGUCAAGAAUUUGUCUGCUGGGUCCGGGUCGGAGGAGAACAUCAAUGGGGGGUCGAUCAUUGUUCAGUCGAGCUUCAUCCAGGAGAGCAUGAGAAAUUCGCGAUAA